UUUAAAAUUUUUCUGAUGAAGAUUUUCAUGAUAUUUAUGUGAAAAGUUCCAAGACGAAGUAAAUCCUCAUUUUAAAGUAACUUUUACAGAAUCGACGGAUAUUUGGAAGGGUGGCAAAUUAAUAUGAAACAUAAGACACUUAUUGGUUUUGCAAUCAUGCUGGGCAUUUUUUCAAUUCAUUAUUGAGAAACACAACAGCAUGAGCGCUUAGGCCACUAAAAAACACCACUGGUUACAACUGAGAGAAGAAUAAGACACUUUGCCAAAUCUAUAGAACACUGAGACGAAACGUUAUGAUAGAGCAUUUCAUUCUAUUUGCGUCGAACCUAAAGAGUUGAUGUGUUAUUCCACAAAAGAGCAACUGGUAUACAGAAGUUGAACACCUGACUCUUUAAGAAGAAAUCAAAUUUGUUUUGCGUGAAACAACAGAAACAGUAAUUUACUCGAUCACAUUGUGGGAAGAAAACAAAGACAAAAAAAACGACAGAAGAUUACAGCGUGGGAGUUGUGUCGUUUUUUCUUACAAGAAUUGAAUAAAAAUGUCAAGUUUCAAAAAAUUAGAGCACAACUACUCCAUUCAUUGUUGGCAUGUAGAAGUUGAGGUCAACCACAAAACGUUCGGUCACAUGGUUUCCGACGUCACAGUUUGUGCAUUAGACCUCGCCCUAAUGUUCAUAGCUGUCGCAGCAAAUGGGUUAGCUAUUUUUGCAUACCGCAAAACAACAAUACUGCAGACGCCGUCUAAUUUCUUGCUGAUGAUGUUAUCAAUUGUGGACGUAGCUUUAGCAUUGACAGUACAACCACUAUUUUUCAUAUGGAAAAUAAUGGAAAUUCUCGACAGUUUUUCCUGCCCCAUUUACUUAGCCACAUCCCUCUCGAUCAAUUUUCUAGGUGCCAUUUCAUUUCUCAUCACCAGCUUUCUUGUUUCGAUGGAACGUUACUUAUCCGUUUUCCAUCCUCUUAUGCAUCGUAGGAAUGCGAACAAAACUGUUCUUAAACUCGUCUUGCUCGUCAUUUCCAUUGUAUGGCUCGUAUUUCUUUUAGUCACAUUCUUCUUAAAACAUCACACUUUGUAUUAUAUUGUUACUGCAUCUUUGGUCGCUUUGUGUUUGUUGGGAACAAUUGCAUGCUACCGAAGCAUAUUCAAAGAAAUUUCUCAAAGAUGUGGCGAUCGUUCCAUGUCCGUAGACAGCAUCACCGACAACCGACGACCGAGUGGAAGAUUCAAGCGAGAAAAAUCGACCUUGACAAGCAUGAUAUUUAUAGUUGCCGCCAUGACUUUACUCUAUUUUCCAAUAGGUGCCUGUGUGAUGUACGCAACUUUGAUUGGUCGUGAUUGGCUGUACAUGAAUUUCUUCGUACCGUGGGCUUACAUACUUGUGUUCACAAGCAACGCCAUUCAUCCCUUUUUAUAUGGUUGGAAAAACAGGGGAAUGAGACAGUCCAUCAACGGGAUGAUUCGUCACGUGUUUGAAGACACUGACGUUUAGUUAUGUGAGAAAAGGAAAACAUUUACAGAGCAAAACGACCUUAUAAAAAAGUUUUAGUUCAUAAAUUUGUCUUUAAAACUAGAAAUAUGUUGCACAAAUAUCAGUUCUGUGACUCGUUUGUCACAAAACAUAUCGUCAUAGCAACAAAUUAAAUAAAAAUGAUAACAACGGUUAUUUUGAAAAAACGCCAAAACAAAUGUGUUUUUCAAUUGGAUCAUUGAAAAGCUCACAAGUUUAUGUUUGUUUUUUCCAAAUGCACAACAAUCCAUGCUGUAAUUAGAUAAGCACAAAUACAUGUUGGGGCUCUCAUCCUUGUGCAAAAAAUCUCCCACUGAGAUGGUGAAUAGAACAAUUUCAAUCGUGAAUAA